CUCUGAGCGCCGUCCUCCCGUGCCUGCGGACCCCAAGCCUCCUCCUUAGGCCCCGGGGGCUCCUCCCUCUGCCCCACCUCCCUGCAUUUUCCUUCCACCAUGCCAGGCUAAGCGCUCAUUACGCAGCAGGGACUGUGCUGAGCGCCGACGGGGCCAUGGAGGCGUCGGUGUGGUUGCGGUGCCCCCGGGGCGGCCUGCCGGAGGCCCGUGUCCGUGCGGAGCUGUGCCCGGCCUUCGACCGGCGGCCGUUGCCCGGGGGGGAUGCCCCCAUCACCCUGGCCUGGGUUGCCCGGCAACGGGCCCAACCUUGGCUCUUCGACGGGCCCAAAUUCCGGUUUCACUCGUCCAGUUGGGUGCCCAACGGGCCCGGGGGGCCCCUGCUCACCCUGCGCCUCGGCCUCACCUCCUACCGCGACUACUUGGGCACCAACUGGGCCCCCACGGCGGCAGAUCUGAGGAGGCAGGGGGCUGCCCGGUGGGCAGACCCCCAGGCCUACCUGGCAGACCCCCUCGGGGUGGGCGCCCUCCUGGGCACCGCCGACGCCCACCUGGUGCUCCUUAGGCGCUCCCUGACCGUGGCCGAAGCCCCCGGGCUGCUGGACGUGCCCGGUGGCCACCCCGAGCCUCAGGCCGUGUCCCCCGGGGACCAUCCCCAGCAUCAGGAGCUGCCCGGAGAGCUGGUGGUUCGGGAGCUGUUCUCCUCCAUCCUCCAGGAGAUUCGGGAUGAGGUGAAUCUACCACUGGCAACGCUCAGUCACCCUCUGCUACUGGGCAUCGCCCGCAACGAGACCAGCGCUGGCCGGGCCAGUGCCGAAUUCUACGUCAGGUGCAGUCUGACUUCUGAGCAGGUGAGGCAACUGUACCAGGCUGGAGGGCCCGAGGCCCACGAGUCUACUGGGAUCAUCUUCAUAGAGGCGAAGAAAGUGCGGCACUUGGAGGACACCCCGGAGGUGUGGGGAGAGCUCUGUCCCUCCGCCAAAGGAGCCGUCCUGCUCUACAACCUGGUGCGAGGCCCUGCUGACUGAGCCUGCGGAACGGCCUGUAAAUAAUAAAGGGAUUUAUCUCUGGACAAUCCGACCUGACCCGCCAUGUCUCGGCCACAGGCCUGCCCUCCGCUCUGCCGGGACCCUCCCCACCCUCCAAGC